GGCUUGAGUGAGAGGACAGAGCUACAACACAGGACAAGAUACACAGGAUAGAGAGCAUCUUCACCAUGAAGCUCCUCGGAUCUCUCUUGCUGGGGGCGCCUCUCGCCCUGGCUCUAUACGAGCCCCCCUACUAUGCCAACCUGACCUGGGAGCCCCCGCGCACCCUGUCCAACUGGUCCAACCUGACCGUCGAGACCCAGACGGGCACCUUCAUCGGCUUCCUGAACGAUACCUUCCCCAACGUGCGCCAGUUCCUGCACGUUCCGUAUGCCAAGCCUCCCACCGGAGACCUGCGCUGGAUGCCGCCGCAGAAGCUGGAUCCGUCUAGCCGCAAGUACGACUCCACCCGAUAUGGACCGGGAUGCCCCCAGUAUGUGACCGCGCCAACCUCCAUGUGGAAUGAGUAUGCGCCGUCCAACUUGCUGCUCAGUCUGGGCGAGGACCUCAACCAGGGCUCCGUGGCGUGGUCGACCUCCGAGGACUGCCUCUCGCUGGCCGUCUGGACCCCUGCGUAUGCCAACCGCACCUCCAAGCUCCCCGUCGCGCUGUUUGUGACUGGUGGAGGAGGCAUCACCGGGGGCAUCGAUAUCCCCUCGCAGCUGCCCCCGCCGUGGGUUUCGCGCUCGCAGGAGCACAUCGUGGUGACCAUCAACUACCGCAGCAACAUCUUUGGCAACCCGAAAUCCCGCGCCCUCAAGGAAACCUCGCUGACCCUGCUGGACGUGCGGGCGGCGGUCGAAUGGGUGAAGGAAAACAUCGAAGCAUUCGGCGGUGAUGACGAGAACAUUAUGCUCUGGGGCCAAUCGCAAGGUGCCGCCCUGACGCACCUGUACACCCUCGCCUUCCCCGACGACCCGCUGGCCGUCAAGUUCGGCGUCAUCUCGCAGCCCCCCUCCGUGACCAUCGACCUGGACACCGCGGGCGACGUGUACGAGGACUUCGACAUCGUCGCCAAGGCGCUGGGCUGCAACUAUGGCGACGAUGCUGAGGCUGAGCUCGAGUGCAUGCGCCUGGUCUCCUGGGUGCAGAUCGAGGAGUACAUCAACCGCUACUCGGGGUCGCCGUCCAUCGCCUUCACCAACUAUAUCCCCGACGAGAAAUACAUCUUCUCCAACGAAUCCGAGCGCUACGCCACCGGACAGGUCGCCCGCGGACCCUCCAUUCGCUCUGACGCGGCCCGCGAGGAUGCCUCGGACAACACCACCUCCGUGAUGAUCAGCGAAGGCGAAUGGGACUGCCGGGCCGCGAUGGAUACUGCCCUGCGUCGGUCCAUCGGGCUGGACACGUACCGCUACUUCUGGGGGGGCAACUUCUCCAACAUCAGCCCCGUCGGCUGGCUCGGGGCCUACCACUGGUCCGACCUGCUGCUGAUCUUCGGCACGUACCGCGACCAGGCGGGCGAUAUUCCCCAGCUGGAGGUGGACACCUCCGAGUCCAUGCAGGAUCACUUCCUGGCGUUCUUGAAGGAUCCCAACACGGUCAACACCACCGUGGGCUGGCCUGCCUUCGAUCCCGAGGGCCCGAACGGGGGCGAGAUCCUCGAGUUCGGCAAGGGGGAUCCGGUGCACACCAUCACGGGCGACUGGCUGGAUGGGGGGUGCUACAACUCGUCCAUUCCUUUCCGCAUCUGGGGUUGAUCUGACCCUGGUGACGAGUAUUGUCUGCUUCCAAUUCUGUGCAUGAAUCAUGACUACACGUUAUCCCUUCUCGUGACACCCUCCCGAGCAAUAAUCAACAUUAUGUCCUAUACUCUGUAUCAUCCUAUCAAAUCCAGUCUCAAUUCUCAUUAAGCGUACCAGAUCCCAUCUCCCAUACCCCAUGUCCCAUAAUCGGUUCAAUACCUCGGCUCCGCGUCCCUGGGAAUCCCCAACAAAUCCCCCACAGCCCUCCCCUCC